AUGGAUAAGCACUACUGCAAGUGCUCUUCAAACCCACUUCAACCCAACCAACAUCGACAGAGACCCACGAUCUACCCUGCUCUGAGCAACAUGGCACCUCCAUACCCGACAAGCCCAAAGAGCCUGCCUCAUGACGCACCGCAGAGGUCGGAACCACCCAGACUGACACUGCAAGCCGCAACAUGUACACCCAACAUCCACGACAGACCAGCAUAUCGGGGGCAUCUGAGUCUGGCACUGGGACUCUCGCCCUGCUGCAAUACGACUGAUCCAAGCGGGACAGUCAGUUCCAACAUGACUCUGGUAGCUACCACGGGCAUUGGGUGA